AUGGCUGUUUGGGUGGGUGGGUGGCUGUUUUUGGAUGGCUGUUUGGAUUUGAUAGGUGGCGAGUACUGUGACACGGAGGUCUUCAGAGCCGAGUGUGGCGAGGGGUGGCUGAUCGUCAUGUUGCAGGCCCAGUAUGGCAGGAAGAAGUUGGGCAGAUGUUUGGAGUUGGAGCUAGGUCACAUCAACUGCUCGGCCGAUGUGCUGCACGUAAUGGACAGGAGAGGGUUCGUCGGCAGUUCGACUGAAGCUUUUCCAUUCUUUCUCCAAAGUUUCAUAACUGACAAACCGUCAGUUGUACCUUGA